CUUAGCUCUCUCGUCUUCUUCCAGGUUUUCCCAGACUACAUACAUCAGGACUUUUCAGGAAAGUCACAUCAAGGCCUAUCAAAAUGGUGAAGUUUACAGCAGAAGAGCUUCGGGCAAUCAUGGACAAGAAGCAAAAUAUUCGUAACAUGUCCGUUAUUGCUCAUGUUGACCACGGAAAGUCCACACUUACAGACUCCCUAGUGGCUGCUGCUGGUAUUAUUGCUCAGGAAGUUGCUGGGGAUGUUCGAAUGACCGAUACCCGUGCAGAUGAAGCUGAACGUGGUAUUACCAUCAAGUCCACUGGAAUUUCUCUUUAUUAUGAGAUGUCAGAUCAAGAAUUGAAGAAUUUCAAGGGAGAGCGAAAUGGGAACGAGUACCUUAUCAAUCUUAUUGACUCCCCUGGACAUGUUGACUUUUCAUCAGAAGUGACAGCUGCACUUCGUAUCACUGAUGGUGCCCUUGUAGUUGUUGAUUGUAUUGAAGGAGUUUGUGUGCAAACUGAAACUGUACUUCGUCAAGCCCUUGGCGAAAGGAUUCGGCCAGUUUUGACUGUUAACAAGAUGGACAGGUGCUUUCUUGAGCUCCAGGUUGAUGGGGAAGAAGCUUACCAGACCUUCUCAAGGGUGAUUGAAAAUGCUAAUGUUAUCAUGGCCACAUAUGAGGAUGCCCUCUUGGGUGAUGUCCAGGUUUACCCCGAGAAAGGUACAGUUGCUUUCUCAGCAGGAUUACACGGCUGGGCGUUCACACUCUCUAACUUUGCCAGGAUGUAUGCUUCCAAGUUUGGAGUUGAUGAACAAAAGAUGAUGGAAAGGCUUUGGGGUGAGAGUUUCUUUGACCCCGCUACAAAGAAGUGGUCGUCCAAAAACACUGGUUCCCCGACUUGCAAGCGUGGGUUUGUGCAGUUCUGUUAUGAGCCCAUUAGGCAGAUCAUUUCCACAUGUAUGAAUGAUCAAAAAGAUAAGCUUUGGCCAAUGUUACAGAAACUCGGUGUCACUAUGAAAUCUGAUGAGAAGGAUUUGAUGGGGAAGGCACUGAUGAAACGUGUCAUGCAGACGUGGCUGCCCGCCAGUAAUGCACUUCUUGAAAUGAUGAUUUACCACCUCCCAUCACCAGCCACGGCUCAGAAAUAUCGUGUUGAGAACUUGUAUGAGGGACCACUUGAUGAUCAAUAUGCUACUGCCAUUAGAAACUGUGAUCCAGAGGGGCCCCUCAUGCUCUAUGUGUCUAAGAUGAUUCCAGCACCAGACAAGGGCAGAUUUUUUGCAUUCGGACGUGUUUUUGCUGGCAAGGUUUGCACCGGGAUGAAGGUCAGGAUCAUGGGUCCGAACUAUGUGCCUGGAGAGAAGAAAGAUUUGUAUGUCAAGAAUGUUCAGAGAACUGUUAUUUGGAUGGGCAAGAAACAGGAAACAGUGGAGGAUGUUCCUUGUGGGAAUACAGUGGCUAUGGUUGGCCUUGAUCAAUUCAUUACAAAGAAUGCCACUUUGACCAACGAGAAGGAGGUUGAUGCCCAUCCUAUCAGAGCCAUGAAGUUUUCUGUGUCACCUGUAGUACGUGUUGCUGUUCAGUGUAAGGUUGCAUCAGACCUUCCCAAGCUUGUGGAAGGUUUGAAGCGUCUGGCGAAGUCUGAUCCUAUGGUUCUCUGUACAAUUGAGGAGUCUGGGGAGCAUAUUAUUGCUGGUGCUGGUGAGCUUCAUCUUGAGAUCUGUUUGAAGGACCUGAAGGAUGAUUUCAUGGGUGGUGCUGACAUUAUCGUAUCGGACCCUGUUGUCUCUUUCCGUGAGACUGUCCUUGAGAAGUCAUGCCGUACAGUCAUGAGCAAAUCUCCUAACAAGCACAAUCGUCUAUACAUGGAAGCGAGGCCGAUGGAGGAAGGGCUUGCAGAGGCAAUUGAUGAAGGUCGCAUUGGGCCAAGGGAUGACCCCAAAGUUCGCUCCAAGAUUCUGUCAGAGGAGUUUGGGUGGGAUAAAGACCUUGCAAAGAAGAUUUGGUGCUUUGGUCCCGAGACCACCGGGCCAAACAUGGUUGUGGACAUGUGUAAGGGAGUGCAGUACCUAAAUGAAAUCAAGGAUUCUGUGGUGGCAGGCUUCCAGUGGGCUUCUAAGGAAGGUGCCUUGGCAGAGGAAAACAUGAGAGGCAUCUGCUUUGAGGUAUGUGAUGUCGUUCUUCAUGCUGAUGCUAUUCACAGGGGUGGUGGGCAAGUCAUCCCCACCGCGAGGAGAGUCAUAUACGCAUCUCAGCUCACCGCCAAGCCCCGCCUUCUGGAACCAGUCUACUUGGUUGAAAUCCAAGCACCGGAGCAAGCUCUUGGCGGCAUUUACAGCGUGCUUAACCAGAAGCGUGGUCACGUGUUUGAGGAGAUGCAGAGGCCAGGAACCCCCCUCUAUAAUAUCAAGGCGUACCUUCCUGUCAUUGAGUCGUUCGGGUUCUCUGCUUCUCUCCGGGCUGCCACGUCUGGUCAAGCUUUCCCACAGUGCGUGUUUGACCAUUGGGACAUGAUGUCCUCGGACCCAUUGGAGCAGGGUUCACAGGCUCAGAACCUCGUGAUUGAUAUCCGCAAGAGGAAGGGUCUCAAGCAGCAGAUAACGCCACUCUCCGAGUUUGAAGACAAGCUGUAAGUCGGGCUGCCCCACCCCCACCCCUACCCCCACCAGAUGCAUCAAGUACUUGCUCAUUUUCUCAUCUUUAAUUUUUGUCCAGCGUUGUGGUGCUUUCUAGCAUUUCCAGUAUCUUUGAACCAGUUUUAUUUGACGUUAUUUUUCUCAAUACAUGAGAGUUGCUGUGUGGAUUAUAUAUAUAUAUAUAUCUAUAUAUAUAUAUAUAUAUAUAUAUAUAUGCAUGAUGUGAUUUCUGUGGGGGAAUUCGUUGUGUUGUGGAAGUCAUUUUCUGCUUUUUAUUUGAUUGCGUUUCUGGCAUUCAAAUUUAUUUUCUGUGUUCCAUCUUCCCCAACACUGUUCUCUCUUUUACUUGCAACAAAUAUUAGUGUUAAACACCCUCGAUUUCCUUGCCCAAGGUACAGUCAUAUUUUCACUGUCUCAAUUGGAAAUUGUUUCUGUUACUCCCUGUUUUUUUUUAUGAAGAAAAUUUAUUCUUCCAC